AUGGAUGAGCUGGAUGGUGCCCUCCUUGCAGGCGGAAGGCUGUACACCAGGAUGUCGGGGCCCCGAUCGUGCCCAACAAUGCUCACGGCUAGUGUUCGGAAACUCUGGACCUUGCGGGCCACCCUCAAGCACCUCUCACAGGAGAUGGGGAGUUGGGCCAGCCCACGGACUCAGGCCCGAAGGGCUAUGCAAGCGUGGGCACAAAUCAUUCGACUCAAUCGGCACAAUCGUGAACUCCGCAAGGAAUGCAGGCAGCGCAAAACUGCCAAGAUUGAGGAGGUGGUCUGUAGUAAGAACAUCCAUCAGGCUGCGAAGCGAUUUGCACCCAAGGCUCAGAGGAGGCGUCUACAACUUCGAGAUGCGACAGGAGGCAUUCAGACACAUGAAGCUGAGUUUGAGCAGAUCAAGACUUACUUUGUCAAGCUCUAUGAUGGCCCGAAAUUGGAUGCGCCUCGAUUGUCCCAAUGCCCCCUGAUCACGGUGCAUGAGGUUACGGAGGUGGCGCCGAUCCUGACGGCACAGUUCAAUCUCUGCCUCAGCCCGGGCGCGAACACCUUGCCAGACACCUGGUGCAUCUCUGACCUGAUCCUGAUACCCAAGUUGGGGAAGCAGAUGAAAACACCGGGGGACCUCAGGCCGCUGUCGUUGCUCACGCUUCCGGCGAAGGCACUGGCGGCAGUUGUUGCGAGCAGGCUCCAGCCGUAUGCUGUUCGCUUCCUGGAGGGGGUGCCACAAUACGCAUAUGUACCAGGCCGCACUCUUUCCCAAGCGCUCGAAAGGGUCUUUGGGCACUGUGCUGCUGUUCGUGCUCUUCUGCCACAGGGGCACCAGAAUAUCCACGCCAAGCGUCAGGGACACAGAGCGGACAGUUUAUGUAGCGGUUGCAUGUUGUCCCUAGACAUUUCCAAGGCGUAUGAUUGUGUGGACAGACACCAACUGGAAGAGGCGCUCAAGGCUGCUGCUAUACCUCAGUACCUCAUAGAGAUGACCUUGCUCAUCCAUCGCUCUGCCAGGAUCAGAAUCAGCCAUUGUGGCCUCGAGGAGGUGAUUGGCACCCAUCGGGGACUGAGGCAGGGAUGCUCAUUAUCACCCAUCUUAUGGGCGAUACUGACGGGGUGGAUGCUGAGGCAGAUGGAAGACCCUAUGGCGACAGGCACCACCAGCAUUGUCUCGGCGAACACUACAUACGCUGAUGACCAGCACUACGCCUGGCAGGUACGCAAGGGGCUCGAUAUGGAAAACGCCUACGCAGCGAUGAAGCACAUCCUGGGCUCCCUCAGAAGGUUCGGUCUGCAGAUCAGCACGGAUAAAACUGUCAUAUUGCUAGACCUACGAGGACAGCACGCACAGCGAGUCCUGCAACGAUAUCUCGUGGACACGCCCCAAGGGAAGUGCAUGAAGUUUGUGGUGCAUGGGGAAGCCACUUAUGUUAGGAUUGUGCCGCACCAUGUCUACCUGGGAGCAGUCAUCAGCUACAACCGAUUCGAGCACGAAACCCUUCAGCAUCGCAUGAGGCUGGCCAAAGGGGUCUACUCCAGACUUGGCAGCAUCCUCAGACAUCGAUCGGUUCCCUUGAAGCUUCGACUCCAACUAUGGCAGGGCUGUGUGUGGCCCACUCUUCUUCAUGCUUUGGACAGCAGUGGUCUACCAGGCAAGGACCUACAAGCCAUGCAAACACUGCUGCUCAAGCAGGUCCGUUCGAUUGCUAGGUCCCACAGCAUGCUGACCAGGGAGACUAAUCGUGCCAUUAUCGACAGGCUUCGGCUACCUGACCCGGUGCGCCGCCUGCAGCAGGCUCUCACUCGCAGGGAGCAACAGGACAGUGCACUUGGAGAAGCCAUCCGCCCAGGCAGAGAACAGCUGCAAUGGCGCUCAAUGGUGAGAGGGCACCUCUUUGACUCCAUGUGUGUGUGGCAAGCCCGGCCUGAAGACCAGAACUUGCAAUCUAGGCUGGUCCCUGUGCAGUUGGUGCUUCAUGAACAGUAUGAGUGUGAAGUUUGCGGGCAAUGCUUCAGCACACAGGCCUCGCACAGACGACACAUGUACCUCAAUCACUUUGAUCACGAGCAAAAACAGAAGCGAGAUGCAGAGGUCCAUGCGGCACUGAUGCACUCCAACAUGGAACACUCCGUGGAUGGGAUGCCAACAUGCAAACACUGCAAACACCAGUUCAGUACAUGGCAUGCCUUCAACUACCACAUCAGUUCCAAGAGUUGUACACAGUUGCGUGUGCGAACGGCUAGUGUGACCAAUGAGACGGAGGUUGCACAGAGCGAUGCACUAGUUGCGAAUGAACAAUUGCUUGAUUUUGCGAAGCAGUGCACGUGGCAGCAGCUUGCGCUUCACCCCAUGGUGCGGAAGAAGCACAAUCAUUGCCCCGAAUGUAAUCACUGGUCUAGCACUCCGCAGUACGUGAAGAGGCACAUGCUGAGCCAGCAUCCAAAUUGCAAAGCUGUGGUGGAAGACUGCAUGAAAGCCAUCAAGGAAAGCAAGCUCAGUCUUACGAAUCUUUGUCAGUACUGCGGACUUGAGUUCAAGCGUAAGGACGCCCACCUCAGAUCAUGCAUUGGCAUUUUUCACGGAGUCUAUGUACAUCGUCGGCUCGCCAGGGGUGCCAGGCUAGUGCUUGAGGACGCCGGAUCAGGCAAGAGUGCCAAGCUCACCAACCUUGCACUCCACCAUGGCCGACGUGCAGAUGGGGAACCAGGACGACCAGGCCGAGCUGUCGAAGGCGACGAUGGAGCCGGACCUGCUGAGAACCCUAGCUCCGCAGGUGGUCAACAGAGCACCCUCCUCACCGGGAACGACGGCGACUCCACCGGAAAGCCUGGAUCAGCGACCACAGAAGUGGCAAAAACCGGGCCAAAAAGGGCGGAGUUCGCCCAGAUGAAGUCGAUGCUGAACAUGGUCACGACCCUUGUCAUCCGGCAGGAGAUUCAACAGAAUAUCUGCAGGCUGGACUCCGGUUACAUGCUGUUCAUCCAGACGACGGCCCCGGAGAGUUUGGCCUUAUCGACCUACAAGGUGGGCCUGGCAUGGCAUCAGAUGAAACAGAGCACUCCGGAGAAGCUGACCCAGCCUAUGCGAGUGGUGUUGUUUCAGCACCUGCUUACCACGGUUCGCGGAAAAUUCGAUGCGAUGAUGGCGAGCCCCUCUUCGAGGUCGAAGGCGGAAGAGCUGGGAUGGAUCUCCAAGGCCGGGGACGAGGUGUACGGACUUCGGUGGAACGCCGAGGAGGCCAGGCACGAGCGAGACCCGCAGCUGCCCAGCCUCAAACCGAUGGAGGUGCGCGAGGCGAUCGACGAGCUCAUCAAACUCAGCACCAAGCCCAUGGUGAUCCACAGGUACCAUGCCACCAGGCAGAUGGCGGAGACCUAUCAGUCGCCCACCUUGGCGAUGAUGAUCGAGGUGGGAUCCCGAGUGGAAGAGGCUCAACUGGUGUGGAAACGAUUGCACCUAUUGAGCCAGAGUGCGGCAUGGACGGCAGCAGGAUGCUUCUUGAGGCACGAACGCCUCAAGCUGGGCGCCCUGGCGAUGCGACUCAAGAGCAUGGCCCAAUGA